AUGGAUAUUGGCGAACUCUUAGAUUAUAAGCCACCUCAAGCCCUCAAAAGACCCGUCGAAGUUGAAGAUGAGGGCGAUGAUCUGGAAAGAGCCCGAAAAAUGCGAAGAAUCGCCAGAGCCAAAGCCAGUAAAAUGGCAAGGCCAGUGUCCCCAACUCCGUCAGUUCAACCUCUUGAAAAUAUAACUGAGGAAGAGAGAGCUGAAAUUCUAAAGUUUGUAGAAACCGAACAGACUCAGGGAGAAGUAAUUGAUGAAACCACAUUAAAAAAGAUUGUUUUGAAUUUUGAAAAACGGAGUUUGAAGAACAGGGAGAUGCGAAUCAAGUUUCCUGAUUCUCCGGAAAAGUUCAUGGAUAGCGAAGUGGAGUUACAUGAAACUCUGCAAGAAAUGAGGGUUUUGGCCACAGCUCCAGACUACUACCCUCUCCUUGUUAAAUUACAGGUGAUACCAAGCCUUUUGGAACUCUUGGCACAUGAUAAUACAGAUAUAUCGGUCGCCACAGUUGAAUUGUUGCAGGAGUUGACUGACGUUGAUAUUCUCAAUGAAUCAGAGGAAGGUGCUGACACUCUUAUUGAGGCAUUACUAGAACACCAAGUAAUAGCCUUGUUGGUACAAAAUCUAGACCGACUAGAUGAAUCUGUUAAAGAAGAGGCAGAUGGCGUCCACAACACUCUCUCAAUUAUAGAAAAUUUAACUGAAUUGAGCAGCGACAUUACAAACGAAGCUGCAAAACAAGGCCUAUUGACAUGGUUGCUCAAAAGGCUCAAAGUCAAAGCGCCUUUCGAUGCAAACAAACUCUAUGUCAGCGAGAUCUUAUCUAUCUUGCUGCAAGACAACGAAAAAAAUCAAAUUGCAUUGGGAAAUAUAGAUGGAAUCGACACUUUGCUACAGCAACUUGCUUUCUACAAGCGACACGAUCCGAGCAGCCCAGAAGAGCACGAGUUGAUGGAAAAUUUGUUCAAUUGCCUCUGCAGUGCUUUGAUGGUAGUUCAGAAUAGAGACCACUUUCUUAAAGGCGAGGGGUUACAACUAAUGAACCUCAUGUUGAGAGAGAAGAAAACGUCUCGUAACGGCUCACUGAAAGUCUUAGAUUACGCCAUGUCUGGGCCACAUGGCAAGGAUAACUGCAAUAAGUUUGUUGACAUAUUAGGUCUUCGAACAAUAUUUCCACUUUUUAUGAAGACACCAAAGAAAAACAGGAGAAAAGUGCUGUCGACAGAGGCACAUGAGGAGCACGUCUGUUCUAUAAUAGCGUCUAUGCUCAGAAACUGUAGAGGGUCUCAAAGACAAAGGCUUGUCAGCAAAUUCACUGAGAAUGAUCACGAAAAAGUCGACAGACUUUUGGAGCUGCAUUUCAAAUAUCUGGAAAAGGUCGAAUUGGUUGAGGAUCAAAUGGAGGAUAAUGCUGAUGAUGAGGAAGCGUCAUAUUUGAAAAGGUUGGAAGGGGGCCUAUUCAUAUUGCAGUUGGUUGAUUAUAUAAUAGUAGAGGUAUGCGCUGCAGGCCCUGCUAGCAUCAAACAACGGGUCAUGCACAUUUUGAACUUGAGGGGAGCCUCUUUGAAAACCAUCAAGCAUAUUAUGAGAGAAUACGCAGGAAACUUGGGCGAAGAAGGAGAUAAGGAUUGGAGGGAUCAGGAGCAACAGCAUAUAUUGAAUUUGGUCGAUAAAUUUUAGUUAGGAUUUUUGUUGGAAGCUGUGAAAGUUUUGAAAUGAUACUUUCUUGUGAAAUUUUGUCAAUCUUUGAACAAUUAUAUUUAUUUUGUCUGAACUCUAUUGAAUAUAGUGAAGCUGUUGUGAAUACAAA